AUGGAGCAACUUCGUGGAUUCACGUUUAGCGACGUUCUUACCAAAUGCGCUAUGGACGACGAGGAGUUCGAAGAAUGGUUUGCAUCACUUGGUUUGAUGCACGGCAGAAAUGCUGUUCUUGCCUGAAGGUGGUUGGUUCUACCGAUCAUCAUCGAUAAAGUUUUGCCGGGUACCACCAUUGUGUCCGAUCUAUGGUCGGCAUAUGGUGGUAUCAAAAAAUUGCCAGUCAAGUAUCACCACGAGACGGUUAACCACUCCAAGCAUUUUGUGGAUCCGGACACUGGGGCGUGUACAAACGGAGUGGAGUCGAUGUGGCAAAAAUUCAAGAUGAAACACAAAUCGAGGUAUUGCUGCAUUUAA